GUGGCGUCUGCUCUCAACUGGUACCUGAGGUAUCACUGCAGCGUCGACACCUCUUGGAUGUCAAAGUUUCCCCUGGUGCUGCCCCGCCAGCUCCCGAGGGUUGGCAGGUCGAUCGUGAAGCAGAGCUUGGUGAAGUGGGGAUACUACGAGAACGUCUGCACCUUCUCGUACACGCAGGCUUGGUGGGACUGGGAGCGGUGGGAGAGAGAGAUCGACUGGAUGGCAAUGAGCGGCAUCAACCUUCCCCUCUCCUUGACUGGCCAGGAGUAUAUCUCUCAGCGCGUCUUCAGGAGGCUCGGACUCACAGACGAGCAGAUGGCCUCCUACUUCACGGGCCCUGCCUUCCUUGCCUGGAACAGGAUGAUCAACAUCAAGGCCUGGGGAGGGGGCCUCACGCAGUCCUGGAUAGAUCAGCAGAGAGAUCUCCAGCUCAAGAUCCUCGCGAGGGAGAGAGAGCUGGGAAUGCUGCCUGUGCUCCCUGCCUUUGCUGGGGGUGUGCCCGAGGGAAUGAAAAGCCUGUUCCCUGAAGCAAAGUUCACCCGCCACGGCAACUGGGGCGGAUUCGCUGAGCAGCACUGCUGCGUGAUGAUGGUGGACCCGACGGACCCUCUCUUCCUCAAGAUCGGCAAGAUGUUCGUCGAGGAGGUGCGAGCGGUCUACGGCAGCAAUCACAUCUACUCCUGCGACACCUUCAACGAGAAUCGGCCGAGGAGCGAGCAUGGAAGCGUCGGGCUAGACUUCCUGUCGCACUCCUCCCGAGCAGUCUUCGAGUCGAUGCGAGCAGCUGACCCCGACGCCGUGUGGCUGAUGCAAGGGUGGCUGUUCAUGAACGACGCCAGGUUCUGGCAGAAGAGGGAGCUCGACGCGUAUCUCAGCGGCGUGCCUGAGGACAGGAUGAUCAUCCUUGACCUCUUCACCGACGUGUUCCCCGUGUGGAAGAGGAGGGACCUGCAGCGGCCGACGCCGAUCGAGAAGAGAAGGUGGGUCUGGAACAUGCUACACUCCUUUGGAGGGAAUUCAGGCAUGUACGGGAGGCUGCAGGUGAUCUCCAAGGACCCGGUGGUUGCCAAGAAAGAGUCCCAGACGAUGGUGGGGGUGGGGAUCACGACUGAGGGUAUCGAGCAGAACCCAGUGGUAUAUGAGAUGAUGGCGGAGAUGCGGUGGAGGGAGCAGGAGGUCGACGUUAUGAGCUGGGUCGAGAAGUGGGCGGACAGGAGGCUCGGGCCGGAGGCUUCGAGGGAGAGGAAGGCCUUGGGGGAAGAGGCUUGGAGGGAGCUCGCUUCCACUGUCUACAGCUGCCCGGGCACGCAGAUGGGGCAGGUGAAGAGCAUGGUGGAGUCGCGGCCGCGGCUAGACUUGGCGUCAGGAUGGAUCCCUAACUCGGACUUCAUGCCCAUCAAGAGGCACUACCCUGAAGAAGCCCUGGUGCGAGCAUGGCUGAAGCUGCUGCGGGCGACGCGAGGAGGAGCCGAUGGCUACACGUGCUCGAGCUCUGCUUCCUUCGACAUAGCCGACGUGACCCGUCAGGUCCUCUCCGACCUCUUCGCCAGGCUCUUCCAGCCCCUCUCCUCCUUCUGCCAGACUCGCCUCGCCGGGUCUGCUGCUGUGCGGAUGCAGACGCUGCUGGGCAUCAUCUCUGACAUGGACAAGAUGGUGGGGACGCAGCCGCGCAUGCUGUUGGGGAAGUGGAUCGAGGACGCGCGAGCGUGGGGGAAGAGCAAGGAGGAGGAGGAGGUGCUGGAGUUCAACGCCAGGAACCUCGUGACGCUGUGGGGGCCGAGGGGAGAGAUCGCCGACUACGCCUCGAAGCAGUGGCAGGGGUUGUUGUCAGACUACUACAUGAGUAGGUGGAAGCUCUUCUUCGAGCACCUGCAGCAGGCGAUCCGGGGGACACGAAUCUUCAGCCAGCAGAGGUUCCAGCAGGAGCUUCUCGUCUUCGAGCAGCAGUGGCAGACGCGGACUUCGUCCUCCUUCCCCUCCUCCCCCGAGGGAAAUGCAGUCGAACUGGCAUGGCAGCUGCACGACAAGUACAUCAAGCUG